UCUCAAAAUGAACUCAAUCGACGAUCCAAAGUUCCACGUGCUGGAUUAUGUAAUUAUGGUGCUAUUUCUGGUAAUAUCCUCGGCAAUUGGAAUUUACUACGGAUUUUACAAAAAACAAACAACGCCAGAAGAGUACCUUCUUGGUGGACGGCAAAUGAACCUACUGCCAGUCGCCAUGUCCCUCGUCGUCACCUACCAGUCAGCGGUGUCCGUCCUCGGCAUUCCCAUGGAGCACUACGUUUACACCACGAUGUCGGACUACCUAUGGGUUGCAAUCAUGGCCGACAAUGCCAUCCAAGCUCUGUUGUUAGUGCCGCUCUUCUACCCACUUAGGCUCACUAGCACAUAUGAGUACUUCGGUCGCCGUUUCAAGUCGAGAGCUGUUCAAUUGCUUGGAACGAUUAUGGGAAUGCUUCAAACGUUACUCUAUAUGGCCAUUGUCUUGCUUGCACCCGCUCUCGCACUUGAAGCUGUUGCUGGCAUUCCUUUAUGGCUGUCGGUAGUUAUGGUCGGUAUCAUUGGGACAUUUUACACUUCCAUAGGUGGUUUACGAACAGUAAUUUGGACAGACGUUUUCCAGUUUAUUAUACUGUAUGGAGGGCUGCUCGUUAUCCUUAUAUUGGGAAUAAACAAGGUCGGUGGCAUGAAACGUAUGGGAGAAAUCGCCAUCGCUGGAGGCCGAGUCAAUUUCAGCAUAAUUGACCCGGACCCCCGAGUUCGGCACACGGUAUGGGGACUGCUGAUUGGCGGAAUUUUCAACUGGUUACCGAACUGCUGCAACCAGUCAGCCGUACAGAGAAUCUGCUCCAUGAAAUCCAUCAGGGAUGCUAAAAUAUCGUGUCUAUUGAACAUCCCGUUUUUGGUGAUCUACGGAGUUUUGCUAGCCCUGGUGGGUCUCCUGUUAUAUGCCUACUUCACACUGGAGCAAUGUGACCCUUACCUAUCAGGUGCUAUUUCAAACAAUAACCAGCUGGUUCCCUAUUUUGUGAUGCGAGUGUUCCGCAAUGUUCCUGGCUUAGCGGGAUUAUUCAUAGCAGCCUUGUUCAGCGGAGCGCUCAGCUCUUUGUCCUCAGGCAUAAACUCCAUGUCGGCGAAUACAUUGCAAGAUCUUCUCAUCGACGUCUUGAAGGACGCUCAACAGUACAAGAAAACAAUGAUUGCAAAACUUGUUGUCUUAGUAUACGGCGCCCUUGCUGUUGGUCUUGCGUACCUAGCUCGUUCGUUGACGGGACCUAUCACACAGAUAGGUGUUACUGCAAUGGGAGCUACUGGUGGGCCGAUGGUCGGUAUCAUCUUUCUAGGGGCAACGUUUCCACAAGCAAACUGGAUAGGAGCGUUUGCAGGCGGAAUCAUCGGUAUUGUUGUAAACAUGUGGGUAGCACUUGGCUCCUUCCUUUACGGGGCAAAGGCCCCGACAUCCCUUCCUGUCUCAAUAGAAGGUUGCCUCACAAAAAACCUGACAUCAAUGUCCGCGUUCAACCUGACAAAUACACUUGCCACUGUAACAAACUUUACGACGACUGAACGUGUUCAAGAAGGCACGCAUCUAGCUAUUUAUGACAUAUCCUACAUGUACUUUGGUCUGCUUGGAUUUAUGGUCACAUUUAUAUGUGGACUGGCUAUCAGCAUGUGUACGGGUAUGGAUAGGGAAGAUCCGACAGAGGAAGAAUAUAUUUUUCCCUGUCUCCGUGGGUUCUGGAAAAUUGGCUACACCAAAACCUCAAAUCAACCCGUUGACGCUGCCGAGAUGUCGAAGACAGAUGUCCAGCUAGAGAACACUGUUCCAGUCGAAAACCUGGAAAUAGAAGUGUAUCAUGAUAAAACAAUUGUGAAAUAACAGAGUAAUGGUUAAUCAUAAAGUACUUAAUAUAACUACAGUCCAAACUCGCUAUGUCGACGUCGGAUAUCUCUGCUUGUGUCGAUUUUUCUAUCUCGAUUUUUUUUUCGCUAUGUAGACCUCCUAUUUCAGUCCCUGUGGUCGAUUUCCCUUGUUGCUUAUGUCGAACAAAUAGAUCGAGUUGUAGGUGCGAAAAUAUUCAAUACGGUUUGCGGCAUGUCGCUAAAUUACCAUUCGUGUCAAAAUAAAAAAAAACUGUCAUAAUUGGAGUUUAAUUGGUUAAUGUGAAUAAUAUAAAGUUGUUUGUCUAUGUAUUUGAUAAAAGAGACUUUUAUUGCUCAAGCUAUUCAUUGAAACGCACAAGGACUUCGAUGACAUCAUCGGAAAAUUCGACAGCAUUGAAAGUUACGUGACAUAUUUUUCUCUAUACUGCAUGUAGAAAACAAACAGGCACAGGCGCGUAGGAGCUGGGGCCGGAGGGGCCUCGACCGCGACCCCAAUAUUUUGACAAGUAACGGCAAUGGGGCCGCGAAUAUUUGAUACCGAUUUUCAUAAUAAUCGUAUUUAAAACAAAGCUACGCUCAUAUAGAUCAAUACCAGUCUGAGUAAACAGGUCACCAUGUCAUAAUUAAACCUGUGACCAUCUAGCUAUUUGUCCUGUGACACCAUGCCAUGAAAACAGUCGGCGGAUUAACAAAGACGGGUAAGUGAAAGAAGAGGCAAUAAGACAAUUAUUAUUUGUAUCGUUUUUGACCUUUCAAAAAGUUUAGUUCAUUGUGAUGAUUGCAAUUACUCGUUAAAAUAGAAAUGUCAUUAAAUAGCCAGCAAUAUGUUACUAUGUAAUUUCAACCUCGCCACAUGAAAGUUAGACUUUAAAAUAGACUUUCCGAAUGACCCUAAAGUUUUAAAUUUUCAAAGAGAUCUUUUGUCACUAGAAAAAAUGAACACAUGUCUUUCAACUCGAAAUGGUUCAAAAGUCACUCGUGGUCUCACUAUAAACGGGUUAACUGUGCUAAUUUGUUAUUUAGCAUACAUUGUGAGACUGCAAAUAUGAACACAUGCUACUAAACGAUUAUAGUUUUAUAUCCAUCAACUAUUUUAACCGAAAAAGGUUUAGAUAAAAACAUUAAAAUAAAACCUGAACUCACUGGAAAUCGAGUCCUUCAAUGCUAAAAAUUAAAAAAAAACAUCUCGAAGGUAGGGGACAUCCCUCCCGUGCCAACCCCUUCCGCGGCCCCAGAGUCAAUUUCCUUCCUACGCGCCUGAGGCAUAACGAAUUUGCUAUUUUAAGUUGUUGUCAUAUGUGCUAUACCGUUUUCUUACAAUGUACAAGUGUAUGUAAUUGUGGUUUUAAAUCUGUUUUGUGUAACCCAUGAAGUGAAUUAAAUAAAUUUGACACAAAUAAAUAUUUUUUUCAUUCUAUUUCCAAUGAUACGUUUGCUGCUUUCAUGACGGUAACAAGACCUUUCAGUUGCAGAAGUUGGAUGUCGGACUUAAAUCAAACUCAAACGCGUCGGAAUUGGUGAAUUUUUUUAUGCAAUUCGGAUGUGUCGAAUGUUCGUUAUCUCGACUUUUCCCCCUAGGUCCCGACAAAGUCGACACAACGAGUUUCGACUGUAUAUUACUUAUAAGGAGAUUAAUUUUUAGUAUUAUGCCUCAGCAUCAUUUUCAUUGUUAUUGGUUUGGUUAACGUGCUUGUCUAUAUAUUUACCAUCAUACUAUUAUGUAAUAAUACUAUAAUUAGUC